AUGAGUACAAAGUGGCAAGAGUUCGCAUCAAAUACUACAGUACAUGGCCUCCGCUAUGUGUACGAAAGCCCUUCCAGAGUUCUCCGCUUUGUGUGGUUAAUUCUUCUGUUGCUAUCUAUAGCGUGGUAUCUGUUCUUCGCGCAACAGAGUGUAGCUCUCUACUUUUCCCGACCGGUAAACAUCGAAUACACCGAGGUUGUUCCGGAGAGCGGAAACCUUACCUUCCCUGCUGUAACGAUUUGCAAUUUAAACCGUUUCGUCAAAAGGAAAAUCUAUAUGCCUUACGACGAGGAAGACUUUCACAAAUUGGGUCUAAAUCUCUCUUCUUGCGCAGCCGUCAGGAAGGUCAUCACUAACAUGACUUGCGGACAAGCCUUGUUAUGUUCCCACGAAAGGUAUGGGGUCGAAGUUAUAGAGAACUGCAACAAAACCAAGAAGCGAAUUGUUGAUGCUCUUAACAGCACCAAGGAAGCAGUGUUUAACCCGGAAAAGUUCUUGGGUGCUUACGGACAUGAAUUUGAAGAAAUGUUUACGUAUUACUGUACUUUUGCAACAAAGGAAGAGUGUAAAUCUGCAGAUUUCUUUCCUAAUUUGAUUCAAGGUGGCCGUUGCUUCACCUUUAACUCAGGAGAAAAUGGAACAAUAGUCCGUAACACAAGUGUCGCGGGAUCUUCUGGCGGCUUAGCUGUCGUUUUGGACGUUCGAACGGAUGAAGUUACCAUCAGUGAAUUCUCUCGUGGGUUGAGAGUGAUCAUUCAUGAACAAGGAGAGUACUUAAGCAUGGACCAUCAUGGAUUUAACGUUUUUCCUGGUUCACAUACUUUGGUCCGUGUAACUGCCAUACAGGUAAGUUUUUUAAUUUUAAGUAUUUUUUCCCCUUCCCUCCAAUUCAACAAUAGUUCUGAUCCACAAACAUUUGCGUGAUUCUGGGAUAUGAUUGGAGGUUUUUCCGUUGAGCAAGGCAUUUUGUGGGGUUUAGUUGCGAGAUUUAAAGUGGUCUGGAAAUUGCUUGGAGAAGAAAUAAAAAUUCAAAGGGAGAAUUAAUAAAAGUCCAAAAGUUGUCAAAUUUUAUGUAGCUUGUAGUACUACCAAAACGACAUGUGAGCUUUCUACAAAACUGCAACAACAAACACUGGACAAACAAAAAGUACAACUGUCACAAAAACAGAAUGAAGCUAGAACCAAGUCUCGUCUAUUUCUGUCUUGUAUUUGGCAGGGACACCGUCUCAAAUCUCCAUACAAAACAAACUGCACAGAGCGAGUACUUCCUGGAAUACCUCACUACAGUAGGGACGCCUGCAUCAUACAAUGUCUUGCCAACAAGACCGUGGAAAUGUGCGGAUGUAAGCUGGUUGGAGUACCACGUAGGUGAAACGGAACACGUUGCCAAAUACAGAUAUGCAAAAUAAAGCUCUUAACUUAGUGAGUCCACCUCUAAUGAUGAUAAAAAAAUAACUUUUUUUAUUAUGUUUAAUUAUUUGCUCUCCUUUGAUUUCUGUUCAACGUCCGCAGUUCCUUCAAAGGCUCCAGUCUGCACGUUCCAACACCAAUAUUGCUUCACUAAGACUAGAGGUUUGUGUAAUUUUUUUUUUCUUUGAAGUUCAAAGGCUAUGCUUAUCUGUCCAACAAACACAAAACAAAAAAGUGUCUGAGCUCUUUUCACUGGUCCUCCUUCCACGGGUUUGUGGGUUGUAAAUGUCCCUAGUUUGGUGCAAUAAGCCGAGCUUUCCUUGUUAGUUAAGUAACGAUAUUAGAUGUGAAAACGUGCUCAUGUCGUAAUUAAUAAACUAAUAGAUUUAUUAACAUCUACUUGAUGAAAAGAGGAAAAAAAGUGCCAGACUCAUAUCUAGAGAAUUUGAGUAGUUGUAGUUGUGCAUGUUUGAUCUUAAUUUAAUACUAGAAAAAAUUGUUCAGCUGUAUGUGCAAAUGUAUACUUCCUUAGACCAGGAAGAGUAUUGAACUGAAGGAGGCUGAUUGAUUGAGAUUAUAAUGUAAAACAAUUUUUUUUGUUUGUUCGUUGGUUUGACCACUUGCGUGUAUGAUGCUUCUCUUUCAUAACAUGUGAACUCUUCUUGCACUCAGAGUCAUUCAAUGCGUAUCACUGUUUCUGCGGGUUGCCUUGCCAAGAAGUUGAUUACAGGAUCCAAGUGUCUACCUCUGAAUUCCCGGACCACGGUGCUGCAAAAAUACUUCAUGAACGAUAUGGCUACAAUAAAAGCAUGGAAUAUCAGAGGUGACUAAGUGUAAAAAGCAUGAAAGUUGGAAAUUCGGGCAUAUUUGCCAAUAUUUAAAAUGAACAAAGUGACACAUUCAAAGUUUUAUGAGAUGUGAGAAAUUUUGGAAUAUCCUUUGGCCCUUGAAAGUAAUGUAACACUCAUUCUCCCGGUGCUUGCUGCUUUUGAGAUGAUGUACGUCUAACGAGUUGGCUAAAACCAUCUUUUAUACAACGAUCGUAAAUGAAAUGUCUUUUCGGUUAAAAGCACUUACAGAAAUGUCUCAGAAUAUGCUAAAAACAAUAAAAAACUACUCUGCUUAUAACGUACACCUACACCAAGGGUCCAUGGUAUAUUAGCUCAGAUACCGUGCCUUGUAAACCAAUCGAAAUUAAAGAACUGAAAUUAAUCAUGGAGAGUUUGAAGUGGACAAUUAUACUGAUACGUUUUGGACCUAUGUUCGUUGUUACGUGGAUUACAGGGUACAUAAAAUUAGAGAAAUACCCUACUGAGCUUUUUGUUAGAAAAUCCUCGAUUGCACAGCUUACAUAUCAGAUAUUAUAAUGUGAAUCCUGCACAUUUUGUUUAAAGAAAUUUCCCUGAGAUGCUAUAAAUAGAACUAAAAAUUAUUUAGUUUUUUAGGGUUUUCUUAAGAAAGUUUAAAAGGAAUUAAUAUCUAGCUGUCACUUUUUCCACGUGGUCUUCCUCUGAUUUUCAGGAAAAACCUGGUUUUCCUUCAAAUUGGUUUCCAGUACCAAGGGUACACAGUCAUGGAAGAAAGAGCAAGUUAUGGCAUCGAGAGCCUCUUAGGUUAGAAAAUUCUGUGCCAAAGAUAAUUGAUUUGACUGUCUUGACUUCUUUUCUAUUCUAGCCUUUUUAAUCAUUUUUUUCCUAGAGUAAGAUUAACAAAUGGACCUCGGAGAUGAGAGUAAAACUGCUUAAUUAGAGAUGUGUAGAGUUUUCAGUUCCGAUCUUUUUCUCUUUCGCUUUUCUGCAGCACUGUCUGCGUAUCACAAUACAUUACGAUAAACUUUGUUUGAAGAGAUUACCUCGAAAUUGUGAUAAAUUGAUAACCCUGCAUUUUCUGAAUUGUUGAUGCUGAAAAGAUUAGACUGACUUUCCAACUCGCUGGUCUAUUACUUUUAUUUAUUGUAUUUAUAAUUUUAAUUUUAUUAUUAUUGUUAUUAAUAUCACUAGUAUUAUUUUCACUAUUCUGGUCAUCAUUAUUGUAAUUAUUGUUAUAAUAAUAAUAUUAUUAUUAUUUUGUCGUUAGUAACUCAAAUUUCUCCAAAAGACAAGAGGAGCAGAAAGAACUCGCAACCAACAAACGAUAGUCAGGAAAAGUAAUGUGAAUGUAAUAUCUGGCGAAAUUCGUUGUUUAAUGUUACUUUUCGUUCUCUUUCUACACCAGGUGAUCUUGGAGGCAAUAUGGGACUAUUUUUGGGCUGUAGCAUAUUGACAUUGUUUGAGUUUGGAGACUUGUUGUGGAAAAUCUUGAAGUUCAAGGAGAACCGAGUUCAAAAAAUAGACUCUGCAGGAAGGGAAAAAUCUGAAACAGAAUGAAUAGAGAAUGCAUUGACCAAGAAUUUCAUACAGCUUGGUUACUAUUUUAAAACUCUUCAUUAUACCAACACUUUGAAAUUGGUUUCCCUAUUAAAUUUUUGUCAUUUGGCCGUUUCAGUGAUUAUUGUAUGCUUAAAGUUAUUUUCUGGUGAUUAUCCAAAGUAUCAUUCACACAAAUGAAUUCGAAAAGUCUCACAACAUAAUUUGUGUUUGUAGCAGGCCGGGCUUAUGCCUCAGACACGAGGGACUUACAUUCAAAAUAUCACGGGCUAUUAGCACAAAGAGAAUACGGCGAAUCUCCCUUUUGGCUCAGAUUACUUAUUUCAGUCCAGACCCGUGCACGCGCUGCAAGGUUAUAAACGGUGUAAUGUAUUGGUGAUAAGCUAUGUCAACGGGGUUGAGCAUGCGCUGAUCGUGAAAGAGUCUUCAAGCACCUGCAUGAUGUUUAGAUUUAUUGAAAAAAAAAAAAAAAACGAAAUAAGCACAAAAAAAGUCAUUAAGAAACUCUUCCAAAGCCACCUUAAGUAAAUUGCAUGCAUUCACAUGUUCUUUGGUAGCACCUUUGGGAUAUGACUACACUCAUCAGCCAAGUUUGGCAGCUGUUUCGUUGAAAUGUGCGUCAGUCAAAACUGUAAUUUGGACUUCAACACUUGGAUUAAAAAUAGAUUCCCUGCCAUCUUGGUAAACAACGAAACGUAUUCCAUGCGAGAGUUUGAUGAAUGAGGUCUUAAUUAGAAAUCAGUUUUGUUUUGCAGAUCGGAAAUAAAGAGCAAACACCAUCAGAAAACUGUCAAAUUAUUUCAUAAGGCUUUCUCAUAUAGCCUUUUAAGUAACUGUGAAGGUUACAAUUUAAACCACGCGCAUUUGUAACGGGGUUUUAAUUAAUUAUUACAACACACAAGCAGUAUUGUAGUGAAAAAAGGGUCAUUACUUGCAUGCAAUAAAUUUUAAUAAUAAUAUUUGUUCUUUGUAAAGCACAUUUUACAUGUGCAUAUGAUCAAAUGCGCGAAAGUUGUGCUUUGAUGAACUAUGUAUGUCAUUUAUGCCUACAACUAAGUCAGACAUUGAGAGCAAUCACUCCAACUUAGGUUGUAAAGCAGAACGCAUUCUAUCACUGUAAUUGCUCGUUGCAAUUGAAUUUGACUCUGAAUAAUAUUUUAAUUUUUUAGCCUCGUGUGGGUCCAUUCCUCCGUAGUGAUUAAGCCGUUAUAAUUUCAUCUUGACUGUAAAACGUAUUGGUAAGUGUAGGUGUUUCGUUCGGGAAAAAAAAGGUGCGAAUUCUCUCUGCGCUAAUGUUUCAAGUAACAAAUUAAAGAAGGCUUGCGCACACAUUUCAUCAUCCUUUUGUCUUCUCAAUCUGCCUUUUUCAAUACUGCCGGAAAUAAAAAUAAUGAAUGAUUUCAAUUUUUAACUGUCAAGUCAUUAUUUUGAUGAAAGGUAUAAUUUACAAUUUUCCCUUUUUCCUUAUUUUAAAUUUUAUUUUGUAUUACUGUUGUUAUAUUUCUCAUGAACCUUUUAGGAAGGAAGGAAGGAAUAACGGGAUUGUGUUAUUCUAUUUUUUUUUAAACAUUUAGGAAAGACAGGCGAAUUAAGGAUUGUUUUGGAUUUCAUUGUGUUUAAAUUAUUUAUGGUUUCCGCUGCGUUUUUUUGUGUCUUAUGCAAAGUGGAAACGCACCAGAGAGAGAUUUCAUUAGCGCUUUUUUCUGUCUUAUAUAAAGUGCAAACGCAUCAGAGAGAAAUUUUAUCAGCGGUUUUUUCUGUCUUAUGUAAAGUAGAAACGCACCAGAGAGAUAUUUUAUUUGAAGUGUAAGGUGCUUCGAUUUGGCUUCGAUUCUUCGAUUCAACACGGCUCUAACAGCAUGGUUGCCACCAAAUGGCGAAAAUUUGUGUCUGAUACAACCGUUCACGGUCUUCGCUAUGUCUUUGAAAGCCCUUCAAGACUUCGUCGGUUGAUUUGGCUGUUGCUUCUCUUGGGUGCAAUCGCGAUUGAUAUCUAUUUCUUAAUAGAAAGUGUUGAGAAAUACUCCUCAAAGCCAUUUAACACAGAAUUCACAGAGGUUGUCCCUGAGAAUGGAGAAAUUUUUUUUCCUGCGGUGACAAUUUGUAACCUAAACCGAUUCGUCAAAAGGAAAAUUAAUAUGUUUGAAAAUGACGAGAACUUUCACAAAAUGGGGUUAAAUCUCUCUGCUUGUGAAGUGACAAGUAAGGUGAACAAAUCCUUGAGUUGUGGACAAGCGCUAAUGUGUGCCUUUGAACCAUUUGGCUGGGCAAUUGCAGAGAAUUGCAACAUGACCAUAAGACAGCGAAUAAUCAGUGCCCUUAACAGGACAAAGGAGCCAAUUUUCAACCCCGAAGAGUUUAUAGAAACUUUCGGACAUGACUUUGCCGAAAUGUUUCUAUAUUACUGUCGCUUUUCAGUAUCGCAGGACUGCACGAGUGCCGAUUUUCAUCCAACACUUACCAAAAAUGGUCGCUGCUUUACUUUCAACUCCGGGAAAAAUGGAACCAAAGUGCGCAGUACAAGACGGGCUGGAGUAUCAGGAGGUCUAAGUGUUAUUUUAGAUGUACAGGCUUACGAAAACACUGUAAGCGAAUUCUCGCGAGGGCUGCGAGUUGUUGUACAUGAUCCAGGAGCCAUUGUAAAUUUGGAUAAAGGCUUUAAUGUCUUUCCUGGAUCACACGCUUUGGCACGAAUAGCUGCAAUAAAGGUAAGUCUUGUCAUAUCCCAGCUGCUGCACCGUUAAAAUGUGUUUCAGUUUUUUUUUUUUAAAUUAUUUUCGCGAACCAGAUAAGAGCCUUUUUCUGUGCGAUACGCGAUGCACUAGCAGGUUACGUCUAUCAGUUUGAAGAUAAACAUGCUUAUGUCUAACAGAACGGUUGUACGCCUGUGAAGAUCGUUCCUGACACAUUAAACAUUGAUAGGAAAUGUUUGACGAAGCCAUCGAAACUUACUGUUGCCAAAGAGGACGAAUGAUGGGCUUGGAACUGCUUCAAGAUAUGCUGACAAAGUUGUUUUGGAAACAACAGCAAAAACACGAGAAAACAUUGUACAAAACGAGAAAGAAAACAAACAGGACAAAACCAAAUAAUACAUAAAUCAUGAGCUCUUCACUUAAUAGAUUUACUCAUGCUAGAUAUUGCAAAAACUCAAUCGCAGAGACAGGACCCAAACUAAACUAAUAACUCAUUGUGGAACUCGCUCAUUUCGUACUUGUCGAGCUCAGAUAGGUUGGACCUUGACAGUUAUUCUGAAUACAAUGAUCAGUUUGGAGAAGAGAUUUGAUCACUUGCAUCUUCUGGAAGAACCUUUGCGUUGUAACAUCCGGACAUUUAAUCUAACCUUCUUCACUUGUCGUCGAAAGAGUAUCUAUUUAUUUAGUUAUUCUAGCCGGAUAACUUACUCGUUUAAUACAUUUCCCAACCGAAGAUAUGGGUUCAUUUUGUUUUGGUAUGAUUAUGGCUCAAACUAGGAGAUUAAGUAUCUCCUGGUAUGAGGUCGAUUUCAGGUAAGGGAAGAUGAAACAUCUUAGUGAGAGGCAGUGUCCUGUGCUUGGAACAGCGAAAAGUCAUCGUAACUUGUAAAUUUUAUAUUUCUAAGCUCUGUUUCUUUUCGUAUGUAAAACAAAUAUUGGAUCAAAGUAACUAACCAAUUUGUACAAAAGCAAUAUCUAAGACAAUUUUUCUAUUUCUACAAAAAUUUCAGCAUGAGCGACUACCGUAUCCGUAUAAGUCUGACUGCACGAGGAGAGUCCUUCCUAACAUAACCCGUUACAGUAGAGAUGGCUGCUUCAUACAAUGUAAAGCAAAUGUCACCUUAAAAAGGUGCGGCUGUAGAGAAAUCGGUGCUCCAGGUAAGCAGGUACCAUAAUAGUCAAAACAUUUUAUCCUCGCUUCGCCUGCAAACUUGGCAUGUUAAAAUAGACUCCGGUGGCCUUCCUUGGGGUACGUUGACCUUCCAUGGGACAAGCUGAGUGACAACUCUCACAGUCCACGGUCAUGUUGUAUUAAUUAUUCAAAUAAAUUUGAUAUUUCCUGUUUGCAUCUCAGUGCCAUCAAACUCGCCGGUUUGUUCUUUUCAACACCACUUCUGCGAGAAACAGAAAGCAGGUAACAAGAAACUCCAGUUAUACUGGUUUACUUUAGUAAUACAUAUGUUGAACAUUUUCAUGACCAUCUUUAAGAGAGAUGCUCUGAUCAAGGGCUAACGUUCUAAAGUCAUCUUUAGAAACUCUUUAUGGUGGUUAAUUUAAACAGCAUCAUAGUUUCUUUUGAGACGCACCCCCAUUACUCAUCUAUAACAAAACAUUUUCCGAAAAACGUCGGUCGACUAGGAGAUAUAUCUGAGUUCAUUUCCUGCAGAAAUUCAUCGUCUUUAAAGGAUCGAAGAUAUUGUGAAGCUACAAGAGAAGGUCUCUGAGCCGAACUGAAAAGUUUUAGACUUAAACGCUCUCUAAAAAAAGUUUUCCUUUUUCAUUUCAGAGUCGUACAAUCCUUUCAACUGUUCAUGCGAUAUUCCUUGCGAGGAGACAGAGUACAUGACUCAGGUGUCUUACUCUCAAUUCCCUGAUGAUGGAGCAUCUAAAAUCCUAAAAUACAAGCACGCUUACAACAAAAGCGUAGAAUAUCAGAGGUAACCAUGUCAAAAUGUACCUAAGAGGAUGUACAUUCGAUGCACAUUCGAAUGAGUGGAUUAAUCGUGACUUAACUGUUUUGGUGUUGGUCCAUUUUAGAAUUCGAUUAGAAAUUUAUCCAUAAAUAGAUUCUCAACCACAGUUUUCCAUCAGUAAGAGAUAGAAGUUACCGUGCUUAUCCCAAAUAAGAUGGGUGUUAAUUUAGCAAAAUACUUCGUGUAAAAGCGUUGUUUCAAAUUCAUUUUAAGGGGAAAUUUAGUGUUCCUCCAGGUUGGAUAUCAGCGUCAUGGAUACACUCUGAUGAGAGAAAGUCCAAGCUACAAGAUUGGGAGCUUGAUGGGUAUUUAAGAAUUUAAAAAAUUUGCCUUCUUGUUGUUUUUGUUGUUAUUGUUGUUGGUAUUGUUACUAUAAAUUGAUUCAGAAGCAAAGUGAUGGUGGAAUAAUUGUAUUGCAGAUAGAUUUUGGAUAUCUUUGAUAAUCAUAGCCAAUUACGAUUUUUUAACGAGAAAAAAAUCCUUCAUACACCAUGCAUGUUGUCUUUGAAUUAAUUAACUUGAGGUAGAACUUCGGGGAACAAAUAUAGGGUUAGCUUAGGUUUAUAAUGAACGUGUGUGUUUUUCUUCAGGUGAUAUCGGUGGAAAUAUGGGUCUUUUCCUGGGCUGCAGUCUAUUAACAAUAUUUGAAUUUUUUGACCUGGCUUGGAACAUCUUGGAAUAUCGAGCGAACAAGAAUAGAAAUAUUGCUCAGGAGCAGAUGGGAAACGAAGGAGUAUGA